AGGCAUUCAGGUACUCUGUGACCACUUCAUGGUGAUCCAAGGGGAUGUGGCUACUGCUUCAGUUCAUGGCAGACACUGACAUUGUCUGUUACAGUACUGCUCUUACUGGCAUCAGAGUUGUGAGGUUUUGGAGGCUUCCAUCAAGCUUUCAAAUGAAGGUCUGGGAGACCAGGCAAAGUGUAGCAAGAUCAGAGCUCCUGCCAGAAAAGGCUGUAUGUGAAGCUGUGGGCGUGAACCUGAAGGUGCAGUGGAGACCAGUGAAGUUGGAGUUGCAGGAGCGUUGAGUGUUUGCCCAGGCAGCAAGUGGAACCAGCCCAAGAGAGAGGCUGUGUGGGCUGCAACCUGUAAAACUAAUAGGUGUGGCUGCCCCAGCAUUCGGGAACUCGCAUCUCACCACGUGCCCCAAAUGUCAGUCUCUGUCCAAACCCAGUAAAGAGCUGGCUACCGUAGCAGAGAGAAGAUGUUCCUACAACAACUAAGCUAAUUCAGAUGGGGAAGGCUAAAUUCCAGAGACCCCAAGGAUAGCCGGAAGGUUAGCACCACCUGAAAAGGAGAUGUCAAGGUUGCAGUAUGCACGGACUUCUGCCAACCCUGAGGAGUCGCCAAGCAGGCUUCUGCUUGGUUUGCAACGAGCUCUGUGGCCCGCUCAGCUCCCGUGUGAGCUGCUCAGCGGUGGACCCGGGGUCUCCAAAGCCAGAGACGUGUAGAGCAGUGCCGCUCCUGGAUCCUCGACUUCUCCCCACCAUGGAGGCCUCUCCGGUUCCAGCUGCAGCCUCACUGAAAAGCUUCUCUUUCGAACCCUACGGUGAGUUUGGUCUGGAGAAGAGGAAGAGGAGAGAAGCCUCCAGGAACCCUACCAGACAGCUCCUGAAGACCACACACCCUCUUUUCAGCUCUGGGGCCACUGCCCAUCAGGGAGAGGUGGGAGGUGUGGUCCUCUUCCUCACCCACAAUGGUGGUCCUUUUGAGGAAGCACCAGGAAGGGGCUUCCCCACAGGGCAGGCGGAAGCCCUUCCCAAAGUCCCGUCAACACAGCUGCCUCACACUUCCCUGCAAACUGGGGGCAGGGCCACAGCAGCUGACCCCUCGACCCGGAAACCAGCUGGUCAGCCCGGUAGCCUGCCGGGAGAGAGCAGCCCCAAGCACGAGGGAGUCGUCAUCAACCAUCGGUCAAUGAGAAGUGAUCAAAAACUACAGUGA